UUUACAGUGCUGCACGCUAUAGGGAGACAGAGUUGGGAGGUUGCGACCGGCGUUUUACAGCAUUACAUUGGUCUACCUUUGGAGGACCACAAAGGACUAAAUAGGGUCACAUCUACAAACGCUGAACAUCUGCACGGAUACGCAGUGUCACAGACGGUUUGGUGGCCGGUGGAGACGACAAAAAUUGUUGUUUUGCUUUGUUUGUUAUUUUUUUUUAUCUCUUCAAUCGGGGAGAUCUGUGUAUGGGACCUCUCCUUCGCUUACUGGUCUCUGAAUGGGAAGCCCGCAUGAACGGGACGAACGGCUCCCAUUCCCGUUUGUGACUCCAUGCAUUUGUAUUGAAAUCUACUAAUAACGAGCUUGCAGAACAGUCUUUUUUUUGGGAAAUGGAUAACUUCUUUGCUGAGGGCACUCGGGUAUGGCUGAGAGAGAAGGAUCAGCUCUACCCCUGUACUGUCAACUCCUGCAGUGAUGGCUCUUUGGUGCUCACCGCCGACUAUGGAGAGGUGCACUGUCUGGAGCUAUUGUCGGUGUCCAGGGAGAAGGUGUUCCCCAUGCACCAGACCAGCGUGGAGGGAGUGGAGGACAUGUCUACCCUGACAGAGCUCCAUGAGGCAGCCAUCAUGCACAACCUGCACCUGCGCUACCAACAGGACAAGAUCUAUACAAACAUCGGCUCAAUCCUGGCUGCUGUCAACCCAUACAAGCAGAUCGGCAGGCUGUACGAUUCCUCCGCUGUCGAACUUUACAGCCAACACCACAUGGGGGAGCUCCCGCCGCACAUCUUUGCAGUCGCUAACGAGUGCUACAGCUGUCUCUGGAAGAGACACGACAGCCAGUGCGUCCUCAUCAGUGGAGAGAGUGGUGCUGGGAAGACUGAAAGCACGAAGCUGCUGCUGAAGUUUCUGUCGGUAAUGAGCCAGAACUCGACAGGGGUACCUGCAUCGGAGAAGAGCACCCAUGUGGAACAGGCCAUUGUAGAGAGCAGUCCCAUAAUGGAGGCUUUCGGGAAUGCCAAAACUGUGUACAACAACAACUCGAGCCGCUUCGGAAAGUUCAUCCAGCUGCACUUCUCUCAGAACGGAAACAUCCAAGGAGGCUGCAUCUUCGACUAUCUACUUGAAAAGAACCGGGUGGUGCGACAGAAUCCUGGUGAACGGAACUAUCACAUCUUCUAUGCAGUACUGGCUGGGUCCAGCCAGGAACAGAAAGAGUUGUAUUUCCUGUCUGACCCAGAAUCUUACUACUACUUGAGCCAGUCGGGGUGUGUGAAUGACAAGAGCUUGGAUGACACACAGCUAUUCAACAAUGUCAUGGCUGCGCUGAAGGUGAUGGAGUUCAGCGAGGAGGAGAUUCGAGACGUCUUCAAGCUGCUCUCGGGGGUCCUACAGAUGGGUAACAUAGAGUUCAUGACAGCCGGAGGGGCGCAGAUCACCACCAAAGCAGUGCUCAGCAAUGUGAGUGAGCUGCUGGGGCUGGACUCUUUCCAGUUGUCGGAGGUGCUGACUCAGAGAUCCAUGAUUCUGCGUGGGGAGGUGAUCUGCUCCCCCCUCACCAUUGAGCAGGCGGUUGACUCGCGGGACUCUAUGGCCAUGGCGCUGUACUCCCAGUGCUUCUCCUGGAUCAUCAUGAAGAUCAACACCAAGAUCAAAGGCAAGGACAACUUCAAAUCAGUGGGGAUCCUCGACAUCUUCGGCUUUGAGAACUUCCAGGUGAAUCGCUUUGAGCAGUUCAACAUCAACUACGCCAACGAGAAGCUGCAGGAGUAUUUCAACAAACACAUUUUUUCUCUGGAGCAGCUAGAGUAUAACAGGGAAGGAAUCCACUGGGAAGCCAUUGACUGGAUGGAUAAUGCAGAAUGCCUAGAUCUCAUUGAAAAGAAAUUAGGCUUGCUGGCCCUGAUAAAUGAAGAAAGCAGAUUCCCAAAGGGAACAGACCACACUUUGCUGGAGAAACUCCACAGCCGUCAUGCCACCAACCAUUAUUAUGUGAAGCCCAGAGUGGUGGAUCACCAGUUUGGGAUCAAGCACUAUGCUGGAGAGGUUCUCUAUGACGCCAGAGGGAUUUUGGAAAAGAACAGGGACACGUUUAGAGAUGAUAUCUUAAACAUGGUAAAAGACAGCAGGUUGGACUUCAUCUAUGACCUGUUUGAGCGAGUGGCCAGUAGGAACAAUGAGGAGACCCUGAAGAUGGGCACAGCCAGACGCAAACCCACUGUCAGCUCUCAAUUCAGGGACUCGCUGCAUUCUCUCAUGGCCACUCUGAGCACCUCCAACCCAUUCUUUGUACGCUGCAUCAAACCCAACAUGCAGAAGACUCCCAAUAUAUUUGACCCGGAAGUAGUUCUAAAUCAGCUGCGAUACUCGGGGAUGCUGGAAACAGUGAAAAUUCGGCGUGCUGGGUUUCCUGUUCGGAGGCAAUUCCAAGACUUUUACACAAGGUACAAGAUGUUACUGAAGGAAAAAGGCACCCCAGGGGAUGACAAGGGGAAAUGCACUGUACUGCUGAAAUCCUAUGACUGCACCAAAACAGAAUGGCAGCUUGGGAAGACAAAGGUGUUCCUGAAGGAAGCGCUGGAGCAGAGGCUGGAGAAGGAUCGCGAGGAGGCGCGGAGGAAGGCUGGCAUGGUGAUCCGAGCCCAUGUCCUGAGCUAUGUGGCAAGGAAACACUACCAGAAAGUCCUGGCCAGCACUGUGACCAUCCAGAAGAACUACCGUGCCUAUUUCUGGAGGCGGCUGUUCCUGCAGGUACGCUCUGCCGUCGUGGUGUUACAGAAGCACCGUCGGGGCCAGCUGGCCCGGAGCCUGUACCGGCACCUCUGUGAGGAAAAACGCAAGAGAGAGGAGGAGGAGGAGAGGAAGAGGAAAGCAGAAGAAGAGGAGCGAAGGCGCAAAGAGGAGGAAGCGGUGGCAGAGAGGAGGAGACAGGAGGAGGAGCUAAAGAGAAAACAGGAAGAGGAGGAGCUCUGGAUCAGACAAGCAGAGGAGGAGCUAAAGAGAAAACAGGAAGAGGAGGCACUCAGGGCACGAAUGGAAGAUGAGGAGCUAAAGAGGAAACUGGAUGAGGAAGCAAAGGUGCAGCAGGAGGAGAAAGGAGAGGAAAGGGAGAUGGAACAACUGGGGUCAGAGCUCCUUUCCCAAAAGGCCCUUCGCACCCCGAGUCCCAGGCUAGUGGAGGAGGAGAGCCGGCAGAUGGAGGAGAUUCUGCGGCUGGAGCGGGAGAUUGACCGUCUGCAGCGAGAGAAGGACGAUGGAGUCUCCCUGCUGUGCGACAGCUCCAAGACUGAUCUGGAGCUACGCAGGACGGCCGAGAUUCACAGGCUAGAGAAAGAGGCCUCCCGGGUGGCGCAGGAGUUCCUAGAGCUGCUGGACUUUGGCGGGCUCGAGCGGUCCCUCUCCAGUGAGGAGAACCUAAAUGACUCCUCUGAUCUGACCGCCCCGCUGGCUGAGGAAGAGGUGGACGAAGGCUUCCACGCAGAGGAAGAUACCAACCCGCUACCCGACUACCCUUUCACCGCUGUGGAGGAUCAGCUUAUUGACGAGGACAUCUACACCAACCUUCCUCUGCCUCCACCACCUCUCACUUUCCUGGAAGACCUCGAUGAAUCUCUGAACAUCCCUGCAGAGUUUCCAGAACCUUAUGUUGCCCCAGAAGCACAGGAGGAUGAAGAAGCCGAAUACCAAAGCAUCGGCCACGUUGUUUCUGAUAGCUUGGCUGAUAUAGAAGACCACAUCUAUAGCCUUCCUCCAGACCUGGAAUCUGAUUAUGACCAUGAUGAGUUUGAGGAGGCACUGGCCAGUUCAGGGGAUGCAGGAAGCACUAUGGAUGGACACUUGACCGAUGAGGAGAUCCUGCGGAAAUCCACUUGCACUUACAACAGCCUGGACUCCUGCCGUGGCAGCUCUGACUCGUUUAUAGACAGCGAUGAUGAGAAUGAUGUAUAUAUCGACACAGACGAGGAGUUCUCUAAUGGCAGGGUGACCAUGUUCAACGGAAGCGGACCACCAUACUUCCACAGUUACCUCUACAUGAAGGGUGGUCUGAUGCUGCCGUGGCGGAGGCGCUGGUGUGUGCUCAAAGACGAGACCUUCAUGUGGUUCCGGGCCAAGCAGGAGUCUCUCAAAUCGGGCUGGCUGUACAAAAAGGGCGGGGGCUUAUACACACUUUCACGACGCAACUGGAAAAUGCGCUGGUUCGUACUGCGAGGAGCCAAGCUCAUGUACUUCGAGAACGACAGCGAGGAGAGGCUGAAGGGUACCAUUGACAUCCGUUCUGCCAAAGAGAUUGUUGACAACCACGAGAAGGAGAAUGCCUUGAAUGUUGUGACUGAGGAAAGGACUUAUCACAUUAUUGCUGAAUCACCAGAGGAUGCCAGUGGCUGGUUCAACGUGCUCAGCAGAGUCCACAGUGCCACAGUGCAGCAGCUGUGUGAGAUGCAGGAUGAGCAGGCCAACCCCAAGAAUGCCGUGGGGACUUUGGACGUUGGCCUGAUUGACUCAGUAUGUGCCUCCGACAAUCCGGACAGGCAGAACUCCUUUGUGAUCAUCACGGCCAAUCGUGUGAUCCACUGCAACACAGACACGGCGGAGGAGAUGCACCACUGGAUCAGCCUUCUGCAGAAACCAAAGGGAGACUCCAAGGUCGACGGGCAGGAGUUCCUCGUGAGAGGCUGGCUCCACAAGGAGGUGAAGUCUGGAGGGAAGAGCACCUCGCUCAAGCUGAAGAAGCGCUGGUUCGUCCUCACCAGCAAUGCGCUGGAUUACUACAAGUCCUCCGAGCGCAACGCCUCCAAGCUCGGCACGCUCGUCCUCAACAGCCUCUGCUCCGUGGUGCAGCCUGAUGAGAAAAUCUUCAAGGAAACUGGCUACUGGAACAUCAUAGUCCAUGGCCGCAAGCACUCUUACAGGCUGUACACCAAGCUGCUGAAUGAGGCGAUGAGGUGGGCGACGGCCAUACAGGGCGUCAUUGACGCCAAGGUGCCCAUAGAGACGCCAACACAGCAGCUCAUCCGGGAUAUCAAGGAGAACAGUUUGAACUCGGAGGCUGUGGAGCAGACGUACAGGAGGAACCCCAUCCUGAGAUACACCCAGCACCCGCUGCACUCCCCGCUUCUGCCCCUUCCUUAUGGAGACGUCAACAUGAACCUUCAAAGAGAGAAGGGCUAUGCCAGCAUGCAGGACGAGGCGGUGAAGAUGUUCAACUCCUUGCAGGAAAUGGAGACUGUGUCUGACCCGGUGCCCAUAAUCCAGGGUAUCCUACAGACCUGCCAGGACCUGCGGACUCUCAGAGACGAGGUCUACUGCCAGCUGAUCAAGCAGACCAACCACGUGCCUCAGCCCAACAGCCCCGGCAACUGUGCCCACUGGCACCUCCUGACCUGCAUGAGCUGCACAUUCCUCCCCAGCCGAGCCAUCCUCCGCUAUCUCAAGUUCCACCUCAAGAGGAUUAGAGAUCAGUUCCUGGGGACGGAGAUUGAGAAAUACGCCCACUUUAUUGGCGAGUCUCUGAAGAAGACCAAGUCGCGGGAGUUUGUCCCGUCACAGGAGGAGAUUGCAGCUCUGCUCACCCGGCAGGAGAUGACCACCACUGUCUACUGCCAUGGAGGAGGCUCCUGCAAGAUCUCCAUCAACUCCCACACAACUGCUGGAGAGGUAGUAGAGAAGCUGAUUCGAGGCCUGGCUAUGGAGGACAGUCGCAACAUGUUCGCCCUCUUCGAGCACAACCAGGCAAUAGACAAAGCUGUGGAGAGCCGAGUCAUCGUGUCCGACGUGCUGGCCAAAUUUGAGAGGUUGGCAGGUACUGUGGAAGAGGAGGAGGAAGGCCAGUGGCAGCUCUACUUCAAACUCUACUGCUUCCUAGAUGUGGAGAGCGUGCCCCAGGAGGGGGUGGAGUUUGCCUUCAUGUUUGAGCAGGCCCAUGAAACCUUGAUUAGCGGACACUUACCUGCCCCAGAGGAGACUCUCCAGCACCUAGCUGCCCUACGUCUGCAGUACCUGCACGGGGACAUGGGCCGGGUGGGCUGGAGUCUGGACAGCGUCUACCCAGUGGGGCGUCUGCGCAGCCGCAUCCUGCAGUCCACCAAGAGCGGCACUGGCAGCGCCGUUGGCAGUGGCAGCAUGGGCCACACCCUGGAGCGGCGGCGCACCAGUUUCCUGGAGGGAACCCUGCGGCGCAGCUUUAAGACGGGCACCAUGAAGAAGCAGCGCAUGGAGGAAGAGCAGAUGCUCGAGAUGUGGGUGAAGGAGGAGCUGUCAGCCGCCCGCACCAGUGUGCUGGAGAAGUGGACACGGCUGCAGGGCCUGCCCCAGCACCAGGCUAUGGUCAAGUACAUGGCUAUUAUCAAGGAGUGGCCAGGGUACGGCUCAACGCUCUUUGACGUUGAGUGUAAGGAGGGCGGGUUCCCCCAUGAUCUAUGGCUGGGAGUGAGUGCAGACAAUGUCUCUGUGUACAAGCGGGGAGAACCCAAGCCCCUGGAAACCUUCCCCUACGAGCAUAUUGUCUUCUUCGGAGCGCCUCUGGCCAGCACCUACAAAAUCACUGUGGAUGAACGGGAGAUGUACUUCGAAACACCACAGGUUGGGGAGAUCACCAAGAUCAUGAAAGCCUACAUCAACAUGAUCGUGAAGAAGCGCUGCAGCGUGAAAUCUGACUCUGGACGGGGCAGCACCUGGAUCAGGUGAUCUGUGCACAUCUGUGCACAAUAGAAAGUGAUGUGCUUGGAUAACAGGAAGUCCAUGGUCACGCCAAUAGGAAAGGAAGGCACCAGUAGAAAGCUUGGAAUAGCUGAUUUGCAGAAUUAAAAACAAAGUCUUGAGGACAGUAAGACCUGAAAAUGACUGCAGUAAUCAAAUAUGCAGCAGACUAACAAACUUAACGCUGUAAAUAUGUUUUUUACACUGAACACAAACCUUUUAUUGUCACUGAAUGGAGAGAGGACACUGCUGUGUAGUUUACAAGCACAGCGGCUUUGUUCAUUGGUUCUGUUUCGGUGUUUACCGCCACACCUCAGUCAUAAAAACAAAUGUAUGUUUCUUUCUUUCUUUCUUUUUUUGGUCUACUGGCAUAUAUCUUUGUCGUGUAUUGAUGUUUAUUAAACCAGGGAUGUAAAUGCCACUAGAAGUGCCCCACGCACCAGAACUGUGCCUAGUUUUAAUUUAGAGACUGAUUUUUAGGUUCCAGUUCAUGGAGGAUACAGGCUUGGUCUGGACUGGGCUGAGAUUCGAUCACGUGAGAAGGUGCACAUUGACACGUAAUAAAUAAGGUUCUUCAAGAAUCCAGUGAUGUCUUACGGACACAAUUUAUUAUCACGUUUACAAAAGCAAUGACUCACUUUCUUAAAACAAAUAAUUCGGUAUUUAGCAUGGGAUUGUUCACGACUUUGAGUCACAGCCCACAGAGAGAACUCCCAGUUACUCCCACUAGAGGUCACCUACCCUUUCUUUUCCUUUAAUUUGGUUUAAUACCUCGUAACCAACCAAAUGCACGACCAAUACCGCACCAUUUCUCAGUCUCACUUUUCCUUAUAUGAAUCUUUUUUUUCUUUCUUUUUCUCCUUAUCAAAUAAAUGUAAAAAUAAACAGCUAGGUUGAUUUUUAAAACUGUAGGAAUCUACUUUGUUUCAGAAUCAUCUGUGCAAAACCAAACGGAGGCCCUACCAAAACCAGCACUUGCUUCUACAGCUUUUAGUUCGAUACCCUUAGUAUCUGUGUUCACCCUUAGUAUCUGUGUUCAGUGUGGGACCUAACAAUUCAGAUAGGAUUUGAAACAGGGCAGAAAGAUUUCCAUCCCUAGGUUUGUAUGCCUUAAUGAGACUUGCUGCUCCGAUUCUCAACAAAUGCCUUCCUUCUUGAGCUGUAGGACUUACUGCUGAUAGAUGUGGGGGAAAUCUUCCAGGACCCUGCGUCCUUCACCAUCUAAGUUUGAAACAGUUUGUUUGGGCAGUAGCAAUAACUUCCCACUUGAAUAAACUCCCUGACAGACUUGGACAAUGUCAGCCAAUAUUAGUUUACCUUCACCAGUUGCUGUUAAUCACUGGUGACUAGUUUCCCCUAAUCUGGUUCUAACUAGGGAGAAAGGAGUAGCAAUAGCUGCAUAAAUUUCACUGAUUUUACUAUAUAUUACCAAAAUGUUUUACUGCACUGCUUUUGAGGAGGAUAGGGAAGGGGGGAAUGUUUUUAUCAGGAUAUACAGACAGGUACUUCUGGUUCGGGUACUUUUAAGGGGGAAGGGGAUAUUUAUGAAGCUGUUUGUGCUACUGCUGUUGAAAAGCUGGGGUGACCUGAAAACUGCAUAUGUUAAUAAAGGCUUGCCGCCCUUCUCUUUCAGGGCUAACAGGCGACUCCUUUUUAAAACGCACAUAUGUUGUCAUGACGACAUAUUGUACACUACCCAAGCCGUUCCACCUUAUCUUUUACUAUUGUUAUGCAGUGGCCUCUGGGAUAGCUGCUGGCAGCCACAUCAGAGCAAGAAUGUACUCUUUUUAUUAUAAAAUUGUGCUUGUUUUUAAAACAAAUGCUGUUUUUGUUGUUUUUUUGUUUUUAUUUGUAACUGGCUUUACAAGUUCUUUAAUAAAUUAUUGGAUUAUG